AUGACGCCAUCAGAUCCACAACCUGCAACAGCCACACCACCAAUGGCUGCCACAUUGCCGUCUGGUCCUGCGCCUGUCACAGCAAAUGAGAUGAGCCGUGAGGGGAAAAAUAAAGGAGGACCCAAGUGCAGACACUCGCUGAGAAGGGGAGCACAGCCUGCUCAUCCUGUUCAGCAUGGCCUGCAUGUCCACGUCCUGCUCGGCCUGUUCAUCCUCAUCCAGCAUGGCCUACACCUCGACAUCCAGCACCACACCGCUGCCCGCCACUUUCCAGACCAUUGGCUGAGGAUCUUCGCCAUCAUGAGUGGCCUCCUAAACUGUUUCUGUACCAUCGCUGCUUUCUGCACAGUCAGCCUCCGGAUUUGCUUCACCCACACCACUGCCACUUUGCACAUGGCUGGCCCCCUGAACUGUCUUAUCGCCAUCGCUUGCUCUGCGGUUGGACUCCUGAACUAUGUCUGCACUGCCGCUUUCCACGUGGCCGGCCUCCUGAAUUCUGUCUGUGCCACUGGCCUCUGGGUCGGCCCCCUGAACUACUCUGUUUAUGGACUGCUGUGCUGUCGGCCUCUGGAUGUUCUUAAAAACUGCCAAGUAAAACUCAAGUCUGUCUUGAAGAAGGAGUUCCAGUGUGUGUUUGAGGGGAUCGCUAAAGCAGGAAACCCAAACCUUCUGAAUGAGAUCUACACAGAGCUCUACAUCACAAACGGAGAGACUACAGAGGUCAAUUAUGAACAUGAAGUCCGACAGAUUGAACCAGCAUCCAGGAAACCAGACAAACCAGAAACAACAAUCAGACGAGAAGACAUCUUUAUAAGCUCACCUGGAAGAGAUGCACCAAUCAGAGCAGUGCUGACAAUGGGUGAGGCUGGCAUUGGAAAAACAGUCUUAACACAGAAAUAUACUCUCGACUGGGCUGAAAACGAAUCCAACCAGGACAUCCAGCUCAUAUUUCCAUUCACUUUCAGAGAGCUGAAUAUGCUGAAAGAGGAAAAGUUCAGCUUGGUGGAACUUGUUCAUCACUUCUUUACUGAAACCAAAGAAGCAGGAAUCUGCAGCUUUGAAGACUUCCAGGUUGUGUUCAUCUUUGAUGGUCUGGAUGAGUGUCGACCUCCUCUGGACUUUAACAACACUGAGAGUGUUACUGAUAUUACAGAGUCGACUACAGUUCAUGCGCUUCUGACAAAUCUGAUCAGGGGGAAACUUCUUCCAUCUGCAAGACUCUGGGUAACAACACGACCUGCAGCAGCCAAUCAGAUCCCCCCUGACUAUGUUGACAUGGUGACAGAGGUCCGAGGAUUCACUGACCCGCAUAAGGAGGAGUACUUCAGGAAGAGAUCCAGAGAUGACGCCAGCAGGAUUAUCUCCCACAUCAAGACAUCACGAAGCCUCCACAUCAUGUGCCACAUCCCAGUUUUCUGCUGGAUCACUGCUACAGUUCUGGAAGAUGUGCUGAAAACCAGAGAGGGGGGACAGCUGCCCAAGACCCUGACUGAGAUGUAUAUCCACUUCCUGGUGGUUCAGGCCAAAGUGAAGAAGGUCAAGUAUGAUGGAGGAGCUGAGUCAGAUCCACACUGGAGUCCAGAGAGCAGGAAGAUGAUUGAGUCUCUGGGAAAACUGGCUUUUGAUCAGCUGCAGAAAGGAAACAUGAUCUUCUAUGAAUCAGACCUGACAGAGUGUGGCAUCGAUAUCAGAGUAGCCUCAGUGUACUCAGGAGUGUUCACACAGAUCUUCAAAAAGGAGAGAGGACUGUACCAGGACAAGGUGUUCUGCUUCAUCCAUCUGAGUGUUCAGGAGUUUCUGGCUGCUCUUCAUGUCCAUCUAACUUUCAUCAACUCUGGACUCAAUCUGCUGGAAGAACAACAAACACUCUCUCAGUUCAAUCGAAGAAAUUCUUAUGACAGACUGAUUUUCUUCCAGAGUGCUGUGGACAAGGCCUUGCAGAGUCCAAAUGGACACCUGGAUUUGUUCCUCCGCUUCCUCCUGGGUCUUUCACUGGAGGCCAAUCAGACUCUCCUACGAGGUCUGCUGCCACAGACAGAAAGUAGCUCACAGACCAAUAAGGAAACAGUCCAGUACAUAAAGAAGAAGGUCAGUGAGAAUCUGUCUGCAGAGAAAAGCAUCAAUUUGCUCCACUGUCUGAAUGAGCUCAAAGAUCGCUCUGUAGUUAAGAAUAUCCAACUAUCACUGAGAUCAGGAAGCCUCUCCACAGAUAAACUGUCUCCUGCUCAAUGGUCAGCUCUUGUCUUCAUUUUACUAACAUCAGAAGUAGAUCUGGAUGUGUUUGACCUGAAGAAAUAUUUUCCUUCAGAGGAGGGUCUUCUGUCACUACUGCCAGUGGUCAAAGCCUCCAACAACGCUCUAUUAAGUGGCUGUAACCUCUCAGAGAGAAGUUGUAAAGCUCUGUCCUCAGUUCUCCACUCCCAGUCAUCUAGUCUGAGAAAGCUGGACCUGAGUAACAAUGACCUGAAGGAUUCAGGAGUAAAGCUUCUGCUUGCUGGAGUGGCAAGUCCACACUCUAAACUGGAAACUCUGAGUCUCUCAGGCUGUCUGAUCACAAAUGAAGGCUGUGCUUCUUUGGCUUCAUCACUGAUCUCUAACCCCGCGCAUCUGAAAGAGCUGGACCUGAGCUACAAUAACAUAGGAGACUCAGUAGAAAAGCUAUGGGACCUACUGAGACUUGAAACUCUAAGGGUGGAGCCUGCUGGAGUCCGAUGGUUGAGACCAGGUCUGAGGAAGUAUUCCUGUCAACUCACAAUCGACACAAACACAGUACACAAAAACCUCCAACUGUCUGACAACAACAGGAAGGUGACACGUGUGAAGGAGGUUCAGCCAUAUCCUGAUCAUCCAGACAGAUUUGAUUAUCAUCCUCAGCUGCUGUGUAGUAAUGGUCUGACUGGUCGCUGUUACUGGGAGGUCAAGUGGAGAGGAGAGGUUUUUAUAUCAUUGAGUUACAGAAGAAUUCAAAGAAAAGGAGGCAGUGAUGACUGUUUGUUUGGAUGCAAUGAUCAGUCUUGGAGUCUGUACUGCACUGAUGAUGGUCCUUGUUCUGUCUGGCACAAUAACAGACUAACAUCCAUCUCCUCCUCCUCCUCUGUCUCUAACAAAGUAGCAGUGUAUGUGGACUGUGCUGCUGGCACUCUGUCCUUCUACAGAGUCUCCUCUGACACUCUGAUCCACCUCCACACCUUCAACACCACAUUCACUGAAACUCUUUAUCCUGGAUUUAUAGCCUGGCCUGGUUCCUCACUGUUUGUGUGCUCAGUUGAGUGUAAAGAGUGUCCUCCUGUUAGAGAAAAACUCUGA